AUGGCUUGGAAUAAUCAAGAAAUAAAAGAAAAUAUGCAAACUACAAGAAAAAAUAUAGAAUGGUUUGCUGUAGGAGAUGAUGAUACUGUUUGGUUCGUCAACAAUCUAUUACAUACACUUCAACCAUAUAACUCAUCAAAAUUGAUGUAUAUAGGAGAUAUUUCUGAUAGAAAAUCACAAGUUAAAUAUCAUGGUGCUUAUUAUGCUUAUGGUGGUGGAGGUGUUUUGUUAAGUCGACCAUUAACAAUAUUAUUCGCACAACAUACUCAAGAAUGUAAACGAUUUCUUAAUCUAUAUGGCGGAGAUGAAAUGAUUGGUAAAUGUAUUACUGAAGUGUUAAAAGUAAACUUGACAAGGAAUAAAAACUUUCAUCAAAUGGAUUCUAGUGGUGACUUGACUGGUUAUUUAGAAAGUGGUAUAGAUGGACUCGUAUCUUUACAUCAUAUGUUCUCACUGUGGAAACCAUUUCCUAAUGACCAUACAAAUAACAUCAAUGAAACAACUAAUCUUCUACAACUCGCCUAUAUUAUAUUUGAUAGAAAUUUUUUGAAGAGAUUUGUACGAGUUAAUUACAAAACUAGUCAAACUUUAUUAUUAACAAUGGGUUAUUCAUUUACUUUAUUCAAUCGAAUAUUAUCUCAUACAGAUCUAGCUCAAGUUGAAAAUACAUGGUCCGGUGGUGAAAUGGCAACAAGAGAAACUAGACCAAAAGAAAAUAAUAAAACUACUUGGUAUUUUCGAAAAUUAACCAUUGAAAAGCUUGAUGGAGCAAACGGAUAUGGAAUAAUUCACGAAAAUAAGAAAGAAAUGUGUGGUUAUUCUCUAAACACACAAGUAAUACUAAUGAAUUAA